AACAAGCGUUAAGAAGCAGGUACUUAAUUCCUACUACUUGUAUCUCUAUCUAUCGGGACGUGUCUAUUAACACAACUCUACUAAGUAACUAUUUCUACAAUUAAAUUCGAAAUCGUAACACUAACGACUGAAGAUCUGGACGAGAAAUUUCAAAAAAUGCAUCAUCUAAAAGAUUCAGCGCUAGGAAAAACAUUGGAGGUGUUGCAGCAACUCGAAGAACGACAACGACUUGCGGACGUAAUUUUCUCAUUGCAAUUCGAGAAAAGCCGACCACAACUCGAAGAGGAGUUGCGGUCACACUUGUCUUUAUGCGUUGACUUGUCUUUUUUCGUGUAUAUGCCUGUGCGACUUUAUUAUCUUUAGCCUAAUGAGACCACUUCCCUUUUUCUAUCUUUCCUAGGUAGGUUGGCUCCACCACAUUUACCCUGAAUGAGAAUGUGCUUCAGGCUAUUUUGAUCAUGUUGUCGGACUCGAAUACAACGAUGUAGUUCGUUUUCCGCUAACUUCAAACGUGGAAAAGGAUGGAGGCUUGUCUGGUGUGGACCAGGAGACGCUGACAGGGCUCUUGGAUGUUUUACUUGAUGUAUGUGCUUCUCAGGUACGAGAUGAUGCUGAGCAAGACGCCGG